AUGAUUUUGGCUUUAUUUUAUUUCUCCAAAAUUGUGUUGACUUUCGUUGCAGCAACUUGCCCAUACAAUAGUGUCACUAUAGGAUGUGCAAACUCAAAAUAUUUUAUUGAUACCAAAGUAUGUGCUGAUGUAUGCCCUUCACUUUUUACUCCAGCAAUCAGUAAUGGCUAUGACUGUUGCAAUGCUCCUACUUAUGCUAAUGCAGUUAUAUUUGAACUAGAAUUUUCGACUAUUAAAGAUGUGACAGCUACCUAUAUUGCAAGCUCAACUGAUCCUUCAGAAUAUUUUCUUAAUCCAAGCUCAAUACCAUAUAAUUCCCCAACUCAAAAUUCCCCACUCCCCACUAUUGAUAGAGGAUUUUAUUUUGCUAAAACUUCAAGCAUUACUAGUAACAAAAGCCACAUCCCAGGCCUUUAUUUUACGCUAAAUAUAUGGAUUAAGCCUCUUGAGACUGGGGAAAUUUUAAAUGUUAUUCUGAGCUCAAAUUCUUAUAUAAGGAUAUGAAUAGAUUCCGGCUUUUUUAAAUUCAGUGCCUUGAUUUACGAUUCAAAUAAUACCCCAAUAACACAAACAGUAGCAACUGUUUAUAGCAUUAAUAGUUCAUGGCAUCCAGCAUCAAUGAUUAUUUAUCAAGCCACUUGUAAUCAAGCAAAUAUCUUUUAUUAUGUGGAUUAUGCAAGCGUUGGAAAUACAGCUUUGAUGAAUAGAGAAACAAGAUUUCCAGAUGGAAAUUAUGCAUGAACUAUUGGGAAUUUAAGUGGAGGCAAUUCUUUUAGAGGGUUUAUUUAUUGGCUUCAGGCAAGAGCUGACUAUAUUCAGAGCUCUGCAACCAUUACUGUUACUGUUAACUGUAUUGAUAACCAAUUUUGAAAUGGAUCAACUUGCCAAAAUUGUAACUCAAAUUGUCAGACUUGGCCUUGGUGCAUUAGAAGUUCUGAUUGUAGCAUUUGUUAUCUUCAGGAUUGUGCUUAUUGUAUUGGAUAUGCACAGUCAAUGUGCACUGGAUGUGCUACUGGUAUGCCUACAAGCUGUUGUGACGUUUAUGGAAGUGCUUGUACACAAACUUGGACCAAUACAGCUUGUAAUAGUGGAAUGAUUCUUAUUGGAGGAGUUUGCCUUUAUGCAUGUCCAUAUGGAUUUGGAAACUGUGCUGCUGUUUCUUCAGCAGUUAUAAAUGCUGAUUUCACUGGGUGCAGGAUAUAUAAUUAUUGAUAGUUUGAUAUUUGCUCGGAUCGACCAAAAUUCUAGAUGAAUGGUCAGUCUAUGAAAAAAAUGAUCAAAUUACUUAUAGCCGAUUUCACUGGAGGAUUUGUUGGAACGUAUGGAUCAAUCUUGGUGACAGCUACAAGCUCUGCAAGCUAUAACUAUUGAAAUUCUCCUGAAUCUUCUGACCCAUUUCCAGCUAAAAAUAGAGGUCUUUAUUUUAAUUCGAAUCAAUUUUUGAGUGGAAAUAUAAAUUUGUCUAACACUUGAACUAUGAGUAUGUGGGUUUACCCGAUUUCUGGAACAUUAAUCGGCCACAGUACAGAUAUGCUUAACAUUGAUUCAAGCGGGAUUAUUAGUUUUUAUUUAAUCUCCCCUUAAAGAGUGAAUAAAGCCAUUAGAAAAUUUCCUAUUUUCAGGAAAAUUAACUACCAUUCUGAAAAAAAAAUUUAAUAUAAAAUGUUUAUAUAACAAUAUUUCUAAAUAUUUCUAUAAAUUUAGUGCACCUUUUAUUCUUAAAUAAAUUAAAUUAGAUUAUCUUUUCAAAUACUUGUAAAUUUGUUAAAAAAUUUUAAUCAAAUUAAUCAAACAAUAAAUUUUUGCUCCUUUUUAAAGGGGGAGCUAGAAAAAUGAGACGGAUCAGCUGCAAGUUAUUCUGCUACUCAAUCUACUACUACAAAUGCAUGAAACUAUGUUUCCUAUUCAGUUGGAUUCGCUAAUAAAAUAACUACAGUAACUCCAUUUCUGAAUAAGGUCGCGGGAACUCCUAAAACUGUAACAAAUUAUGUUUUUAGGUUACCCUCUGGAGGUAAACUAUACAUUGGCAAAGGUCCCACAAACUUUAAAGGAUUUAUUGCUUAUUUUAUACUAUGGCAAGUUACAAUUAGUGAUUUUACUUUUUAUUACAAUAUCAAUUCGUUGACUGGAGGUUUAGUACCAACUUUAUGGCCAUGUGAUUAUUCUCAUUAUUAUGAUGGAUCUGCAUGCCAAUCUUGUUUAGAUUCAUCUUGUACAAAUGGCUGUACUCGAGGAACAUCUUGCUACAUUUGUGACGAUUUUUUGUGUGCUCGAUGCUCUUCAUUUUGGGCGUGAGCUUGCACUUUAUGCAUUCCUAAUGCUUCUGGAGAAAUAAAAUGGCGACGUUGACAGAAAUAGAACUCUAGGGGGUGCGUGAACCGGCACAAAGAGUAUGAAAAUAUUCUCUUCGUGAAUUAAAUAGAUUACCUCAAAGGGAAGCCUCGAGUAUGGAAUCCAGCUUUACCCCUAAAGUUUUCCUAUCCCUGCCAAAUGGGCUUACAGUUUUGCCUAUCCCAUGAUCUUUCGAAACUCUGUUUAUGGCGGCAUCUUAGCUUAAUGCUUCUUCUGGGACUCCAUGCUCAUGCAAUUCUGGAUUUUAUCAGCCUACAAACCAAGCUUUAUGUUCUGCUUGCUAUUCAGGAUGCACUCAUUGUACAGGCUCUUAUUAUCAUUUAUGUACCUCCUGUAUUUCCAGCUAUUUUUUAUACAAUAGCAAGCUAUGUCUUCCAGACUGUCCUACAGGAUAUACAAAAAAUACAGCAACAGCUAGCUGCGAUUUAUCUUCACUAUUACCGCUUAGUUUUUCUUUUAACAAUAAAAUACUUCUUGAUCAAAUUUCGGGUGUUCAGGUAGGAUCCUCGUCUGCAAACAGCUAUCCUACUUAUGAUGGCGCUGAACCCUAUCCUGCAUAUCUAAGAGGAUAUUACUUUGGUCCUGGCACUUGAUUAAAACCAAUGCUUAUGCUAGCUCCAAAUUUUUCAAUAUCUUUAUGAAUAAAGACGAUUGUAAGCGGCAGUGUUAUAACAAAAUAUGUAACAACAGUUCAAUGAUCACUGCAAAUAUCUGCUUUAGGGAAUCCAAAGCUUUCUAUUCUCUUAAUGGAUUCCUCAAGCACAAUUUCAGUUACAGGGUCCUAUAGUGUGAUUGAUAGUUGAUUUUUUGUAUCAUUUGAAGAUAAUAAUAUGACGUCAAUUGAAAUUCAGUUAGAACGAGCAUAAAUUUCUCUUUUGGCGAAUUUUGAUUAUGAGAUUUGACUUCACUCUUCAAAUAUAGGUAACAAGAGCCAGCUUUGACACCUAAUCUUAGGUAAACAGAAUUGUCUAGAAGAGCAUCACCCAGACGAAGGCAGUAGGGAAAAUUGAAGGAUAGGCAGAAGCCUUGAGUAUUUAAUGGUAUCGAAAAUUAAGCAUUGAGGCAUCUUCAUUAAUUUAAUAUGUGAAUCAUUUGACGGCAAAAUUAAUUCUGAUGGGACAACAACAAUAAAUUCUUACAUUGAUACUGCGUCUCACUCCCCCCUUUUAAAUUGGAACAAAAUAUAGGUAAAAUUUUCACUUUUGGUAAAUUAAUCCUCUUUAAAUUGCAACAAAAUUUAAUUUUAUAAUAAAAAAUUUUAUAUAUAAAAAAAUCAUAAUUUUUGUGUAAAAACUUUUGAUAUAAGCUAAAUGUUUCUUCUUAACUAAAAUUAAAAAAUUAGUUAUAUCUUGCUCUUAUUUAAAGAAUAGAGUAUAAAGAGAGCAUCUUAUUUAAAUAAAUUUAUUAUCCUUAAUUGCUAAAUAAUUAAAAUGGUGGUGGUGACAAAAUAGGUCCUCGACGACGUCCCACCAUUUUGGCGCAAAAGUGGCUUUAUAGCCUAAACCAGGUUCAGGCCCUUUAACUCUAACCCUUAGCAUGCCUAGAGCUGCCUUAUGGGGUGGGUAAACUUUGGGAGUCAGCUGGUUGUCACUCCAGUCAAAAGUUUUAAUUAUCCGGAUGGUUUUUGGGCCGUGAGUUCUUUUCCCUACCGGUUCCGGAGGGUCACGGCUCUUUUUUCCUGGGUGUCGCUGUACCUACAGGCGGCCGUUAGGAGGCAUUGGGCUAACCUUUGCAUUCAUAGCACCCGACAUGACGUGAAGCAUAUGCAAGGUGGAGUCUCUCCUAACCCGUCGAAAUUCAGCGGAGCGUGCAAGCAUUGGCCGUGGGAGAAGAGGCCCAAAAUUGGCAAGCAGGUUUUGGGAUCCUCGAAAGCGUGCGGAGAUAUCAAGCUGGAAGACUUUAAAGCAAAUUUAAGUUAAGUUAAUUGCUAAAAGUUUUAAAAAAAUUUUUUUUUGUUGAUAAAAAUUAUAUUUUUUAUUUAAAUAAUUUGGAUAUAAAUUCAAUAUGAAUUCUUUACAAAAAUUGAAAAUUUACUUAUUUCUUGCUUUACUUUAAAGAAUAAAGUAUAAAUAACAGCUUAUUUAAACAAAAAUUAGCACUUUGAUCGAUAAAUUUUCAAAUUUUUUUGGUUAUCAAUAAAAAUAAUGAUUUUUGUGUAAAUAGUUUUAAUACCAAUUAAUAGUGGCGUAUUAAUUAAUAAUAAAAAAUUAGUUAUAUCUUGCUUUGUUCCAAAGGUUAUAGCAUUUUAUUAUUAAACAAGUUUAUUAAUCUAAUUUGAUAAAUUUUUGAAAAUUUUUAUAUAAAUUUUAUAUUAAUUUGUUUUUUUUAAAAAUUUUCUUAACCCCCUUGAAAUUGAAACAAAAAUUUUUGUUCCAAUUUAAAGGGGGGAUUCAGAUAACUUCAACAACCGCAACUCCCCUUUUUUUAUUAGAUAAUGCAACAGGAAACAUGUAUAUUGGUAUGGGAUUUACUGGAUUCUUGUGGAAGCUGAAUUUUUAUAGUCAGAACAAUCAUGCAUUAGACGAUUGGCAAACUGUUGGAUGUUCAGGCAUCUGCACAAAGUGUCCAGCUGAUUUAAGCUGCCCAGACAACUGCCUGCUAUCUCAAUAUUAUGAUGGCUCUGUCUGCCAAAACUGCAUAAAUACUUGCAAUAAAGGAUGCAGAAAUUCUGAUACAUGCCGGCUAUGUAAAACUAAAGAGUGUGCUACAUGCAUUGAAUUCACAGGAUCAAGUUCAUGUUUAACCUGUAUCACAAAUGCUGUUAGCGAUGGAAAUGGAGGCUGCACGUGUGCUCCAAAUGCUUUCUGAGUGUCGUCAACUCAAACUUGUGAAGUCUGUGAUACAUUGUGCUCAACUUGCUUAAAAACAGCAUAUUUUGAAUGCUCAGCUUGUCUAGGAGGCUAUCAAUUAGCAGGAACUGUGUGUUUAGAUGAGUGCCCUUACAGCACUUCUUGCUCAGCAGUGACGACUGCUGUGAUUGAUCAAUCUUUUAAUGCAGAUUUUCAAGGAUCUUAUGGAAUUUUUACAACAGGGACAAGUGCAGCGACUUUUCAAUUUUUUAAUAGCCCAGAAACAGUUGACCCUAUUCCUGCAUAUAAGAGAGGCUUAUAUUUUGAUGGGACUAUGCGGUUAUUAUCAUCAGUACCCAUAUACAUUUCUUAUAGUUUUUCAGUCGGAACUUGGCUUUAUGUAAUCACUAAUGGUGACUUACUACAAAAACAUACUCUUUUAACACUAUCCUCUGCUGGGUCUAUAUCAGCAACAAUAGUAAAUCCUUCACAAGCAACAUCUACUCAGAUAUUAGUAGCUAGCUCAUCAUUCACAGGAUGGGCUUAUCUAUCAAUCACUUUUCAGUAUUCAUUGGGCAGCACAACUCUAACAAUCUAUAUAAAUGGAAUUUCAAGCUCAGCAGUCACAGCUACAAAAAAGAUUUUUAGAGACCAAGCGCCAACUUAUCUAAUGCUAGGAAAAAGUAACAGCUCCGGAUUCAUUGGCUUUCUUUAUUAUUUCCAGCUUUGAAAUACAGCAAUUGCAGGAUUUACAUCAAUAAUUAAUAACUUUUCAUUUUGUGGAUCAGGCCAGGGAGCCUCUUGCUUGUGAACGUGUGAUAUUUCUUCCUAUAAUGAUGGAUCAUCUUAUUUAGGUUGCAGUUCCUGCUCAUAUGGAUGCAGACGUGGCGCCUCUUGUAAUAUCUGUGAUGACACCUUGUGCCUAGUCUGUACAGGAUUUGGCACAAAUAAAUGCACUCAAUGUGUAGCUAGUGCUGUUCUAAUUUCUGGGUCAUGCUUUUGCAAUGCUAAUUAUGGGAAAUCAGCCGAUGGGCAAUCAUGUAUAGCUUGCUUUAAUGGGUGUUCUCAAUGUACAGAUAUAACUUACAACAAAUGUACAGCAUGCAAUACUGGGUUUUAUUUUUAUUCUAAUACAGGACAAUGCUUAACUGAGUGCCCAUCUGGAUAUACUGCAAAUUCAGGUACAAAAACUUGUGAUUAUUUGUCAUAUAUUGGGAUUAGUCUUGAUUUAACAGAUCAGAUUAGGCUUGAUACUGUUUCUAACUUUGAUGUGGGGAGUCUUAAUACUAAUACCUAUCCAGAUUGGUCUGAUAAUAGCGACCCAGUACCUUCGAAACAAAGAGGAUAUUAUUUUGCUAACAAUGAUUCUUUAUACUCUAAAGUCAUGCUAGCCCCAUCAUUCACAAUUUCACUAUGAACUAAACCACUAGCUCUGUCCCCCUCAGUGAGCGAAAAAAAAAUUUUUGUUCGCUGAGGGGGUUAGUUUCUUUUUAUAAAAAAAUUAUAUAGAAAUUUUGAAAUUUUAAAAAAAAUUUCAAUUUGCAAAUCUUUAGAAGUAAAAAUUAAUUUAGUUGCAAAAUGUUUUAAAAUGCAAGCUGUUUAAAAUUAAACAGAAUUAGCUAGAGAUUCAUUAUAAUAAUUAUCACUUAUAUAUCAAUUUGUUUUUUAUAAAAAAUUUUUCGCUCGCGGAGGGUGGGUGGGUUUUUGCCCAAAAAUAGGAUUUUUCUAAUGGUUUUAUUCGCUUACGGAGUGGGAAUAAGUGGUGGAAUUUUGAUGGCGAAAUGAACUAGCACUGUUAUUCUUCUAAUUGGCAUGGACACAUCAGGAUUUCCAAUAUGUUCGGCUGUAUUAGCCGACUGAUCAACUAAAACCUUAACCACUCCCACAAGCAUUUGCAAUAGUUGGCAUUUUUUAAGCUUUACAGGACAAGUUCAAUCUGAUGGAAAAACUUCAUUCAACCUUUAUCUAAAUAACGUAGUAAAAAGCACUAUCACUACAACUACUUUGACUUACUUUAAAGAUAGUAAUACAGGAAGUGCAGGAAAACUGGCUAUUGGAUAUGACCCGUCUAUAGGAAAUAACGGACUAUAUGGAUUUUUGGCUAGGGUAAUGAUAUAUAACUCUUAUAAUUAUCAGUCCAGUGACUAUGCAACUUCUUCAUGUGCGACUGGCUGCUCUGCUUGCCCUUCAAAUCAUUUGUGCUUAAGUGAAUGCGAUUUCGAUAAAUACCCUGAUAGCUGCGGUGCUUGUUUGACAGGCUGUAAUAAAGGAUGUGUUAGUGAUUUAACAUGUCAGCUUUGCAGGGAUAAAGAAUGCUACUCAUGCACUACUUUUUCUGGAGAAUGCACAAGUUGCAUUACAAAUUCACAUAAAGUAAAUGGCCAUUGCACAUGUCUUACAAAUGCUCUGUGAGUCUCCAGUUCUCAAAGUUGUGAACUUUGCGAUUCAAUUUGUGCGUCUUGCUCUAAUCUUAAAUUCAACGGCUGUCUUACAUGUGCAUCAGGAUAUUAUCUCAUCCAAUCUUUAUGUAUGUCAUUUUGCCCUACUGGCUAUAUUAUAAAUGGUGAUAAUUGUGAUGGCGACUCAACUUAUACCAAUUUUUUUGUAUUUAAUUUAAUGCCACACCAAAUAAAAGACGUCGUUUAUGACUUAGAAUCAAAUAUCCCAGUCCUCACAGGUCAAGAUAGCAAAUUCUACCCUAAUUAUGAUUCAACUGAUCCUAUAGCCGCUAUAUAUAGGGGCUACUAUUAUACAGGCUCAUCUUUUAUGCAGCUACCUCCUUAUGGAAGCAUAUCAUCUCCAUUACUUACUUUUUCACCAAAAUUUGUAAUAUCAUCAUGGAUAAAGCCAAAAUUAGGCACAGGGGUUAUUUUUUCUAAGCAGGCUAGCUCUGGAUCAUUUAAAAAAUAUGUUAGUCUUGAAUUGAUAAAUAAAGCAAUAUCACUUACUUUAACUUUAAAAGACUCUACUACGAUAACAUAUACAAGUGCUAACCCCUCAUUAGAAGCUACUCUUUCUCACUCCCCCUUUUAAAUUGAUACAAAAUAUAUGUAAAAUUUUAAAUUUUUUGGCUCCUUUAAUUGAAUAAAAUUUAUUCAAUAAGAAAAUAUUAUAGGUUAAAAUAUUAUAUUUUAUAAAAUUAAUUUUGACCUAAUUUUAAAAAAAAUGCGCAACUAGAAUGUUAUUUAAAUAGUUUUCACAUUGAGUUGAUUGAUUAUUUUAAUUAAUUUAUUAUAAAAAUAAAUUAAAAUUUAAAGUAUUGUUUCAAUUUAUAUUUUUUUAAGUUUAAAUAUAGAAAAAAUUAAUUUAGAACAGGAUUUUUUUUUCUAAUUUAAAGGGGAGAGUCAGUGAAAUUUCAUAUCGGCAAGUUCAAGUAUUAAUUCUACACCUCAACAAAUAGUUGCUUUAUCUAAAAAUUUAGUGAGCGACACAUCAAGUGGUUUAGAUGCAAGCUGGCUGAAUGAUUUAGAAAACUCUUCUUUUAUCACAAUCGGAGCUUGCCACUUUGACUCAACAACAUAUACAUCAUUUUUCAAUGGGUUUCUAUGGGAUCUCAAAAUUUAUAAUACAUUAAUAACAGUCAGUAGCCUGACCUCAAGCACUUGUAGUGGAUGCUCUCUAUGUCCAAUCAAUAAUGCCAAUUCUUGUUUGGAUAAUUGUGAUAUAGAUAAAUACUGAAACGGAAAUAGCUGCGUAUCAUGCUUAUCAGGAUGUUCAAGCAAAGGUUGCGUAAGAACUGAUAAAAAUUGUAACCUUUGCCAAGAUAUUAUAUGUGAAAUAUGUGAUGACUAUACAAGCACCUGCAUUACCUGUAAAACGCAUGCAUAAAUAAAAUGGCAUUCGGUUCGAGAGAAAUUAGCUUUGCUAAUUUUCUCUCCCUCAUGGAAUUUUAUUUAUAGGGUUAGGUUUUCACUUGAGAACUUCUGGACAGCAAUAGUGGUUUAACUCUGGAGAUAGCCAGAGGAACUGCUCCUCAGUCCUCUCAAGAUUUCGGGCUUUUACCUCUCAGCACAUCUCCACGGGAAGAUGACCCUUAGGCGGAGCUGAGUCGAGACAAGGGCGACGGCAUCGCGCCGGGUGAGACGUGCAGCAAGGUUGGUGAAGCAGGAGUUGAUAGAAGGCUUGGCCAGGGCUGACCUGUUCCAAGAUGGCUCGCCUACGUCACUAGUUUUGCCAUAGAUCCAUUUUGGGCUGUGGCACUAGACACCUUAAACACCAGAUAAUUAAGCUAAGUUAAGUUAAGUAAAACGCAUGCAAGCUUAGUAGGAGUAAGCUGCCAAUGCGAUUUAGGAUACUUUUGGGAUAGCGCCAAUGAAAACUGUGGCUUGUGUGAUGCUUCUUGUAAAACUUGUACUUCGACUACUUAUUUAGACUGUUUAGAAUGCUCUGAUGGACUUUAUAAGAUGUCAGGAGCUUGCUUAGCUAACUGUCCAGCUGGAUUUUCUCCAUCUGGAGGUGUUUGUAUGAUGGUUCAAGAAAAAAUAUUUGAUUUGGAUCUGAAUACUCUUAAUGGGGUCAUUUAUGAUAAAGCGAGUUUAAUUCCAGUUAUAACUGGGUCAAGUAAGCAAUUUUAUCCAAAUUAUGAGCCCGAUGACCCUAUACCUGCUUACUUAAGAGGAUUUUAUUUUAACGGUAAGUCUUCUAUUUUGAGGAUGCCAGAAUAUUCAAAUUAUACAUCACCAAGACUGGUAAUUACCUCUACCUUUACGAUUUCUAUAUGAUUAAAUACUGAGACUUCAUAUGGCACUUUAUUUUCAAAGCAUAACAUUUCUGAUAAUUAUUCAACGCUUUACUCCAUCUCAUUGAUGGGCAGCAAAGUAUCGAUUUCAUUUACCUUAAGCUCAUUCCAAACUUUUUAUAUGGCCGACAGACUGCUCAAUAAUUACGAAUGGAGUCAUGUAGUAUUUACAUUAGAAUUAACUCAAAACGGUUAUACUAAAUUGUCGUGCUAUAUAAAUGGAUUUCUAGAUUCUCCAGGAAUCACGAUAUAUGGGACUUUUCAAGAUCAGGGGCCGCAUACCACAUUUUCUAUUGGGGCUAAGCUUACUGCAUCAGCAAUUUAUAAUUUCUACCAAGGCUUCCUUUAUCAAAUACAGGUAUAUAAUAUAAUAAAGCCUAUAUCAAGUUUAUCUACAACUUCUUGCACCGAAAGUUGCAGUGUAUGUCCAACGACUCAAAUCUGUAUUCCGAAUUGUAAAAUAAAUGAAUAUUGAAGCGGCCCAAGCUAUAAUGCGUGCUAUAAAUGCAAUAUAAAAUGCAAGAGCAGCUGCAGGGAUUGAAGGUCUGCUUGUUCUCUAUGCGGUGACUUAUUGUGUGAUAAUUGUAUUGAUUAUUCAUCAAUUGGAUGUGUAUCAUGCAAAGAAAAUGCAAUUAAUCAUGAUUCAUGUAUUUGUGAUAUAAACUAUGUGCUAGACCCAUCAAAUAAUAACACUUGUAUUCCCGUUAAGGAUGGAGGAUUUAGAGGCUCUGAUGGAAAAUUGUACUCAUGCCCUAAUCUAUGCACCCAUUGUGAAUCUCUUACAAAAUGCAAUUCUUGUGUAGAAAAUGCUAGCUUAAAGAAUGAGUUAUGCUAUUGUGAUUUAAGCUACAAUGGGACAAAAAAUUGCACUUUAGUUACAUUUUCAGCAAGUCUUACAGUUUUGUCAGAUAAUUCUUUAUAUCUAAUUUUUUCAGAAAGUCUUGCUAAUUCUCUCACCGUCAAUGAUUUUACUAUCACAAUCGAAAAGCAAGGAGAAGCAUCAUUUAAAAUGGAGAAUGUGAAUAAUACUUGCUAUUAUAUUUCUCUAAAUAUUGUAGAGGCAGUUUCUAACUCCUCCCUCCGUGAGCGAGCAAAAAAAUUUUGGUCGCUCACGAAGGGAGGAGGCUAAUAAUAUUUUUUUAAAAAAAUUUUAGUAAAUUUUUUUUCAAAAUUUAAAAUAAUCCUAAUUCGCAAAAAUUGGAAAGCAAAUAUUAAUUUAAUUUGUAAAAUUAUGUUUAAAAUGCCAUUUUUUUGACAUUAAACAGAAAUAGCUUGAGAUUUCAUUACAAUAAUUAUCACUUAUAUAUCAAAAUUUUUCGCCCACGGAGGGUGGGUUUUGGCAAAAAAAUAGGAAUUUUUCAAUGAUUUUGCUUAUAGAGGGGGAGUAAGGGCACUUUAGCAAUUCUAAAAUUUUUGAAUUUAACAGAAGUAAGAUCAGUCUCAAAUGGCAUCUUAAACUCUUCAGUAAUGUCGGUAUCUCUAAAUUCAUAUGAUCCACAGCCUUAUUCACCUGCUAUUGCAGCAAUCUCAUCUCAAGCUACUGCUGCUGUGCAAACUGCUAUUUCCGGAGCUGUUGUUAUGUCAGUUGCUAAUCCAAGUCCAAGCUCUUUAUGAAGUAUGAUGAACAGUUUACAAAUUUUGAGUUAUAAUGCUUUGGUAUUAUUGUGACAGGGUCUCCAUGUGUCAGGAUAUUUCUCCAUGUGGAAUCCAAAUCCCACAUUCGUAGUUUUUUAUGCUUGAGUGGCUCCACAUGGGAGACUUAAGUUUUACACAUAGGAAAUGUCCUGACUGUGGAGACCUCCCAUAAAAAAUGCCAAAGCAUUAUAUUUGACUUUAUCCGGAAUUCCUUUUUCUAGCAAAAUGAGCACGUUUUUGAUAAAUUUGAAUUCCUUUAAUUUGUUUCCAAAUGCUUUUAGUUAUAUAAUUGAUAAAAAUGAAGGAAAUACUCCAUAUUCUCAAGCAAAAGAAUUCGGAUAUGACUCUGAUUUGAUUUUGAUAACUACAGGAAAUGAUUUUACAUUGAUAAUGGCUUCAUUAUAAUUAAAAUAUGGCGUCUUCGUCUGGGCAUGGCCUCCCGGCCAUGCAGCCUCGACUCAUAUUUUAAUUAUAUCCGGCAAGGUUUUACAUUUCAGAAAGGGACAGCAAUGCUAGGUAAGCAAUUCUGGUUGUGUAAGAGCCUAGCCCAAGUCUAUUUUCAGGGAUGGCUUUUCCUCGUGGGGAAUGAGGCACGGAAGUUGGAAAGGAGAAGCUCAGCCAAGUCCGUUAGGACCAAUCGGGUAACUCCCUAGCGUGAAGCUGGGCGUUACGUCCCAGGCUACGUGUUUUUCCUUUUUGCCGACAGCUGACCAGAAAAUCCAUUUUUAUGGAUUUUCGGAAAAGCAGCCCAUGUCUAGUGAAGUCGCUCACUCAUGAGCCGUCGAAGCCGGUAACGUCUACCCUAGACGCACCUUGGAGCAACAAAGCUGGUCGAUCCAGAGGCCGGUGGGCCCGAUGCAGCGAAAGGCAGGCGGAAGCCCUGGGACAGGUGACCCCGUAAGGGACGUUAAGCGUUAUAAAUCUAAUGGUAAUGGUAAUGAUAAUGGCUUCAUUAUUAAUUCUGCCUAUAAUUUGGUUCUUUUCACAAUGCUCUUAUAGAUGACUGGGUAAAAAGUUUAUGAAAACUAUUAAAGCUUAUCAAUUUGCAUUUUAUUUAAGAUUUUGAAUCCAAUGCUAUCUUGAAUUAGGAGCUGCUGCUAGCAUUGGCCUUGCUACACUUGGAUUGAAUAAUAUCACACAAAUUACUAAUUUUAUUAUAUGCAUAUCUAUCUGUAUGUUAUUAAUCGCCACUCCACCACUGCAUUUCUGGUUUUCUUAUAAAAAUAAAAAUCGCAUCCAGUCUCGAGAAAAAACUUUUACGGCUCUAUUUAGCUCUCUAUUUUACGAAUUCCGAAUUGAUAGAGGCCUCCUUGCUACACAGUAUUAUUUUGUAUUUUUUAUAAGAAGACUUAUUUAUAUAGUAAACUUAGUAUUUUUGAGGGACUAUCCACAGACAGAAGUAACUAUAAAUAUUGUUCUUUCUUUAAUGACUAUUAUGCACUUGAUUUUUUGCUGGCCUUUUGAAGAUCCAAUUUUGCAAAUAAGUAAUUUAUUGACUGAAAUUAUGAUUUGGCUAGUAAUGGUCUACACAAAUAAAAUGGCGACGACACCGACCCGUCCUCUCCCGGAACUGAGGCGAGAUUGGGGACCUUGCUGCGGCCUGAAGCCAAUCCGCCCUAGGGAAAGGUCUGGAAUGGGUACUGGUAGUUUGUGUCCGGCUAGGUUUCCCUCCCAGUCCAGCAACGACGAUCCUAGGGUCGUCCCGAUAGGACACGGGGCAAAAAGGGUUUUUCCUCUAGGGACCGCUAGUGCCAAUUUGGAGGGCAUGGCAGGAGCCGACAAGAGCUAAGGAGUUAAUCCUUAUCUCUAACCCUAGUCUGGCGACGUGAAGCACGGUGACCCAGUCCGCCUACUUCCGGGAUAGCAUGACCAAGCCCCAUCACCGGAAGAAGCUGAGUGGUAGCCUGUGGCACUUAGGUGCACACUGGGAGCAGGAAAAGGAAAGCAAGCGAGGCGUCCAAAAGGCGGAAGAAAAGGACCUUCGGUCCUGGCCGGGAGCUACUUUAUAAAUUUAACUAAGACUAAGGCUAGUAAUGGUCUUAACUGCAGCUUAUUUAUUUAAUUUAGAGGAGGAAAUUGUUUCCACUAUUGAAAAUGUCAUUGUGGGGAUUGUUAUUGGAGUUAUGGUAAUCCAAGCAUUUGCUUCAAUUGCUAUCUUUGCUAGGACUCUAUAUGGAAUAAUAUAUCAUAAGCUCGCUAAAGCGGGGAUUGUUAAAAAUAGCAUCAAGCCAUUGAAUAAUCAGAUUAAAAAUGCUCAAAAAAGUAAUUUAUAA